UCUUCUUCACUCACACCCAAAUUCUGCGGUUAAGAAUUGCUUGAAACAGAGUCUGAGAUCUUCUCUCAUCACUCUCUGUAUGAGCAACAAUGUCGAUGACCCUUUUUUCAUCUCCUCCUACAAAUCUCAAAACCUUUCUUCCAUUAUCAUCUCCUUCAUCAAAAACCCACUUUCAAUUUCUCUCAAUAAGACCCAAUUCCAAGAGAAAUCUCCCCCAAUUGUCCAUUAAAGCCACCGCCGUCGAGGAGAAGAUCUCCGACGCUCCUACGGCUGCUCCGGUGACCGGCGAAGGUGAUUUGGAAACAAAUGGGUCAGCCGUAUCGAAAUUUGAAGAUCCCAAGUGGGUUAAUGGAACAUGGAAUUUGAUGAAAUUUAAUAAAGAUGGAAUGACUGAUUGGGAUGCUGUUAUUGAUGCUGAGGUGAGGAGAAGAAAAUGGCUGGAAGACAACCCGGAAUCAACAAACAACAACGAUCCUGUCAUUUUCGAUUCAUCGAUCAUUCCAUGGUGGUCAUGGGUAAAAAGAUUUCAUCUUCCCGAAGCUGAAUUACUCAAUGGUAGGGCUGCAAUGAUAGGGUUCUUCAUGACUUAUCUAGUGGAUAGCUUGACCGGAGUAGGACUUGUAGAUCAAAUGGGCAACUUCUUUUGCAAAACUUUGUUGUUUGUGGCGGUUGGAGGAGUGCUUUUGAUAAGGAAGAAUGAAGAUCUAGAAAAUAUAAAGAAACUUAUUGAAGAAACUACAUUUUAUGAUAGGCAAUGGCAAGCAACUUGGAAGGAUGAAACCAAUUCCAUUUCUAACUAGGUGGAAAAAGAAGGUGGUUGCAAAGAACCCUAAUAUGGUUUUCAAAUAUAUUGUGUUGGAGAACAUUUUGAUACUUGAAUUGGAAGUGUGAGUUUAUUUUCCAAAAAUAUUUUCCUUUAUGCAAAUCAUUGUUGGAGACUGAAAUGAGAUUAAGUAAUGAAAAUAAAAUCAGGAACAAGUUAUCAAUCAA